AUGAUGCAAGACCGGAUGGCUGCCUACAAGGCUCAAAAGCUGGCGGCUGGACAGAGCUCCCCCUCCUCGGCCGCGGGUCAACCUGUCGAAAUGUCGACACUCUCAGAGAAGGAAGGACUAGAGACAAUGACUGGCUUUCUGGAAGAGGCUGCCUCGAUCCAGAACGCCAUUAACGACUUUUCCGGCGACAUUUCCCGUAUUGGCACGCUCAAUGUACGUGCUUUGGACGCCAUUGGGGACAGUACGGGCCCCGCCACGGAGCUCGACGCGCUUGUCGCUGCCACCUUGCAACGUAGCACGGUGUUGAAAGAGCGAAUAAGGAGGCUGCAGGAGGCGGUCAACAGCAAUCCCGCGCUACGGCGGCAGGAGAAGGAGAUGCGCCAAAAUCGGGCCACAUUUGUCCGCCAGAAGUUUGUUGAGGCGGUUCAGGCAUACCAGAAGGUCGAGCAAGAGCAUAGGGCGCGGUCACGGACGAGAAUUGAGCGGCAAAUCCGUAUUGUCAAGCCCGACGCGACACAGGAGCAGAUUACCCAGGCAAUUUCGAGUGGAGAGGGAAGCCAGGUGUUCAUGCAAGCUUUGACCUCGAAUGCAGACUACGCUCAUGCUCGAUCAGCCUAUAACGAGGUCCAAGCUCGUGCCCAAGAUUUGCGGAAGAUGGAGGAGACGCUAGCCCAGCUAGCGCAGCUCUUCAAUGAUAUGGCAGUUCUUGUCGACCAACAGAACGAGACACUCGUCGCCAUUGAGGACAACGCGCAAAAGGCGGAAGAACACGCGGAGGAAGGCGCAAAGCAGGUGGGCAUAUCAGUGGACAUCGCACGCCGACUGCGCAAGAAGCGUUGGAUCUGUUUCUUCAUCGUGCUGAUCAUUGUCAUCAUCCUCGCGGUGGUGUUAGCAGUCCAGUUUGCACCGAAAAAAUGA